GUUUCCGGGGAGGAGGGCAGGAGAGGACCUGCGCGAGGCGGUUCCUACGGCGGCGGAGGAGGCAAUGGCCGUGGGGGUGAGGGGGCUGCGCCGCUGGCAGGCCGCCCCAGGUGGCCCGGCUGGCUGGAGAGGCUGGUGCGGGCUGGGCUAUGCGUUCUUCCACCACGGGCAUUUCUUGUCAUUUCCACCCAGGACUGAUAGCAACAUCGCCAGCUUCUCGGCUGUCACAGACAGAACUGAUAGAGAUGCAGAAUGAUCUCUUUAGUAAAGAGAAGAACAGGCAGUUAUCAUUAACUCCUCGCACUGAGAAGAUCGAAGUUAAACACGUUGGGAAGACCGACCCUGGCACGAUCUUUGUGAUGAAUAAAAACAUCUCAACUCCCUAUAAUUGUGCUCUGCAUUUAAGUGAGUGGUACUGCAGGAAGUCCAUUCUGGCUCUUGUGGACGGACAGCCUUGGGACAUGUAUAAACCUUUGACCAAAUCCUGUGAAAUUGAAUUUCUUACUUUCAAAGAUCGUGAUCCAGGAGAAGUGAAUAAGGCUUACUGGCGUUCUUGUGCCAUGAUGAUGGGCUGUGUGAUAGAGAGGGCAUUCAAAGAUGAAUAUGUGGUCAGUUUGGUCAGAGCUCCCGAAGUUCCUGUAAUCUGUGGAGCCUUCUGCUAUGAUGUAGUUCUGGAUAAGCGACUUGAUGAGUGGAUGCCAACAAAAGAGAACCUCCGUUCCCUCACGAAAGAUGCUCACACUUUAAUUUAUAAAGAUCUUCCAUUUGAAACUCUGGAAGUGGAAGCAAAAGUGGCAUUAGAAAUAUUUCAGCACAACAAGUACAAAACGGAUUUCAUAGAAGAGAAGGCAUCUCAGAACCCUGAGAGAAUAGUUAAGCUACACAGAUUUGGUGACUUCAUUGAUGUGACUGAGGGUCCUCUUAUUCCAAGAACAAGUAUUUGUUUCCAGUAUGAAGUGUCAGCGGUUCACAAUCUUCAAGCCACGCCGUUGAGUCUUGUACGAAGAUUCCAGGGUCUGUCUUUACCUGUACACUUAAGAGCACAUUUUACGAUAUGGGAUAAGCUGUUGGGAAGAUCUCGGAAAAUGGCACAGGCUAAAGGAUCCGAAAUCGUUGAGCUGUCAGCAUUUGGGAAAGGGUAGGAUUUUCCUCAGUGAAGAUUGAAUAUCCUGACUGGUGAAGCUUUGGCAGCACAGAGUGAGUUAAGAUGGCGGUGACAUCUUGUGAUUGUUUCGUUAGUCAACCCACUCUUUCCCAGGCAGGAACUGGCACCCGAUCCCUUCACUGACCUUCCCUAAUGACUGCUCUAAGCAGCAGCUGAUAGUCUGGGCAUGGCUAGUCCAAGGUCGUUGAUGCUUUUGGUGGGAAGGGAUAAUGGGACCUGAAAUUCAGUGGCUGCUUAUCUCCCAAAGAGAUCAAGGAUCGGGCAACUCAUCACUCCACCCACGUGGCAGAGCCUCUCAUUGCACAGAAUAAACUGUGUGUGAACAGCACACAGAAUUGCAUCUGUAUGUUGCAGGAUUUCUGCUGGACGCCAUUCCUAGUUGCCGUAUCAGCAGUAGCGUAGGGUAUAAGCCAUUGUUUCUCAGAGUUGGUUUAUGAACUGUUUGCAUCUGGAUCACUCAAUUAGCCUGGUAAAAAGGCAAUUUCCUGAGCUCCAUCACAGAAUCAGAAGCUCUGCGGUGGGAGCCUGGGAGCCUGCACCUUGACCCAUUUCCAAAGUAAGAAUCACUGCCCUAGCUCUUCAGUUAUAUGUAGAAUUUUUCAGUCAUUUGUUUGCUGUAAUGACCUUUUAUUUACUAAAAAUCACCUCUUUGAGCCUAUGGGUAUAGAGUGAAAUGUUCACUAUAUUUAAACUUAAGUUGUUUUGACAAUUGAACUUGGAAUAAUAAUGGUAUGAUUAAGUCAGUAAACAUUUGCGUAAGAUGGAAAUCUGCAAGAGGUGGCUUGGCCCUCAAGGAUAUACCUUUUCUAGUGCAGUCGUUUACACACCACAGCAAAUUACGAUGCAAUGUUUUAGAGCCAGGGACCUGGGAAAUCCCUGAGUCCUGCGAAGAAGCGCUGAAGAGUGGUAUUUGAGAAAUCUAUCUAAAACAAAUCCAUUACUCGAGCAGUUAGGAAUAUAUGUGUUAAGCAGGUGAACACUUAGAUCUGUUAUAAUAGUAGCAGAAAAACCCAAACCCUCUAUAUGUACAUUAUUUCCUUAUCCUUACUGCCAGGAAAGAAUUUGAAGUCCAAAGUGGAAAGCUGAACACUUAUGUGCAAGUUUUACUGUUGAUUUCACUGUUUCCUAGUCAAUAUUACCUGAAAACCACCUAAUGAGUCAACUUCUUCUGAGUGCUUCCCAUUUACAGACUUCUUAUUAAUUUUCUUCAAGCUCUUUUACUUCUUCAGAAGUUUUCCCCACUUCCUUUAAUCAAAGUACUGGUCAUCUCUUUAUUUUUGGAAAAAUUCUAAUACUCUAUAUUAGAGUAUUAGUUUAUAUUAUUUUAUAUUUUAUAGUUUAUAUUAUAUUGUAUUAGUUUUCUCUAUAUUCUUCAAUCCCCUGACUUCAUUUCUUCUCCCCCCAUUCUGUUUUUUUUUUUUUUUUUUUUAGCUACUGAGUCUUACUGCUGAGAGUGAAGUCUCUAAUUCAGCAAGUUUCUAGGGAAGUGGGUCAGAUCCUAGGCAACCCUCUUAAUAUUCAAGUGUUGUGUUUUCUGUUUUUUUUUUUUUUUUAAAGAAACCAUGUCCUGCAUGAUGUCAUGCUUCACUCAGUUCAGCCUUCUGUGUACAAAAUCGGGUUCCUUUUACCUUCUCCAUCUGCCACAUCACCCACUUUCACUUCAGCCACCCUGAGUUUUUCACUUCAAAACACACAUGCACUUCCUUGCUACUUUACUGCUUUCUCCAACCUAAACACACACCCAAUCUUACGCCUAGAAUUUUUGGCACGGCUGAGCCUAUCAGUCCGGAAGGCUCCAUCUAAGAUGGAGAGAUCAGGAGCUAGCAGCCUAUGAGAGCUGGGCAUCAGAGAAAACCCAGCGCCCCUGGAAGAUCUCACUUUUCUGGGUUGUCACCAUGGGAUUAUGGCUAGGUUGGAGCUAAUGCGCCCUCGGGAAGAUGUGCUACGGGAGCCCAUUUGAUUUAAUAACUGAAAUCUAGAAGUGUUAAAGCCAGUGUUCCUUUAACAUGUAAUGCAUAAUAGUGCUCUUUACACGCACUAUUUCACUCGAGCUAACCGUCCUUCUGAAAUAGAUUCAUCAUUUCACUGGUGAGAAAAUUGAGGCUUACAGAGAUUAAGGAACUCACCCAAGUUUCAUGUACUCUAGCGCUCUUCAAAUAAAGCAUUUCACAG